AUGCUCUUCUUCAAUCUCAACGUCAGCUUGCUCGUCGUAUGCGGCCUUCUGAUGGGCGGGAGCCAAGGCCUGCAGCCCGUCAAGAUACCGGCAUUUGGCUUUUGGGAGCUUUACCAAAGCUCGACGAAGGAGGUGGGUGGAGAUGAUGCGGCAGCAGCGCUUUGGAACAAGAAAUGUCACGAAAUCUACGACGACGAGAGCAGAAUCGUGAAUACGGAUUUCGGAACGUUUGAGAAGAAAAAGGAGAAUGGAGAACUUCAAGUGGUCAUCGCCUUUUACUGUCACUCGUACGGCAAGGAUGGGAUCUGGUACGACCGCACAGCUCACUGCACCAACAUGCUGAAUGCGUUUGAGCUGCACGACAAGGGUUCCGCUGGGUGGCUGGGCUACACACUGGCCAUUCCACAACGAAAAGCUUUGCGCAAAUAA